AUUAAAGUCGUUUGGUGCAAUUUCAUCGUUUUAAAACCAUAAACUUUUAAAAGGUCGAUUUCCCAAAACCCUACUCCACUCUCCAACUGCAUCCUUCUCGCACUGAACUCGCCGCCGUCAUUGUUUCUGUCCUCCGAUUGCGCAGAUCUGAAGCUAGAGUGUAGAGCAUUUAUCCAUUCAGCCAUGGCACUGGUCUUGCACGCAGGAAAGACAAAUAAAAAUGCUUUCAAGGCUCUCAUUGCUGCGGAGUACAAUGGAGUUCAAGUUGAACUAACCCCAAACUUUGAGAUGGGCGUCUCAAACAAAACUCCAGAAUUUAUCAAGAUGAACCCUAUUGGGAAGGUUCCAGUUUUAGAAACUCCAGAUGGCCCCAUAUUCGAGAGUAAUGCUAUAGCCCGUUACGUUACGCGCUUGAAAGCUGAUAGUCCUCUGUAUGGUUCAUCCCUGAUAGAUUAUGGGCGUAUUGAACAAUGGAUCGAUUUUGCAUCUUUGGAGAUAGAUUCUAAUAUUUUGGCUUGGUUUAGACCUAGAAUUGGGAGAGCUGCUUAUCUUCCUCCUGUCGAGGAAGCUGCUAUUUCAGCAUUGAAAAGAGCUUUGGGAGCUUUGAAUACAAACCUUGCUUCAAACACAUACCUGGUUGGUCAUUCUGUAACACUGGCUGACAUCAUCAUGACUUGCAACCUGUAUUUGGGUUUUACUAAGCUCUUGACUAAGAGCUUUACCUCAGAGUUCCCACAUGUUGAGAGAUACUUCUGGACCUUGGUCAAUCAACCAAACUUCAAAAAGAUUCUGGGUGAGGUGAAGCAGGCCGAGUUGGCUCCACCCGUUCAAUCUGCAAAGAAACCUGAUGACUCUGCUAAGCAAAAACACAAGGAUGAGGUAAAGAAAGAACCCAAAAACGAGGCUGAAAAGGAGAAGCCCAAGGCUGCAGCUGGUGAGGGAGAGGAUGAGGCACCAAAGCCAAAACCCAAAAAUCCUCUUGAUCUGCUGCCUCCCAGUAAGAUGAUCCUGGAUGAGUGGAAGCGGUUAUACUCGAACACCAAAACCAACUUUCGGGAGGUUGCAAUUAAAGGAUUCUGGGACAUGUACGAUCCAGAAGGGUAUUCUCUUUGGUUCUGUGAUUACAAGUACAACGACGAGAAUACUGUUUCCUUUGUGACUUUGAACAAGGUUGGUGGCUUUCUCCAACGAAUGGAUCUCGCUCGUAAGUAUGCUUUCGGGAAGAUGUUAGUGAUCGGGUCAGAGCCUCCAUUUAAAGUGAAGGGGUUGUGGCUUUUCCGCGGACAAGAGAUCCCGAAAUUCGUUGUGGAUGAGUGCUAUGACAUGGAACUUUACGAAUGGAGAAAGGUCGAUAUAUUGGACGAGUUGCAGAAGGAACGGGUCAACCAGAUGAUUGAAGAUCAGGAGCCUUUUGAAGGAGAGGCUUUGUUGGAUGCCAAAUGCUUUAAGUGAUAGAAGCCAUUAUCUUAACGGGUGUUUCUUUUAGUAGUUUAGUUUUUAGUCGAAGAGUUCAAGCAAUUUUAGAAGUUCAAGCAAACUUAAUCACUGAUCCUUUAUUUUGUCAAGUGUGAUUAGACAGCUAUGCCCCCAUCAAAAGGAAAAAAAACAAGCAAGAAAACAGUAAGUAAAAGGUGGUGUUUUAAAGCUCUCUCAUUUUUGGGUCAAGAAAAUAAAGCUCUUGUUUUCCCCUUCA